AUGGCGAUGCAACGCAGAACAAAGGCGGUACAGAGGUUGUUACAACAAAUGGCAAACCACCACCAUCAGCAGCGGCGGCAGCUCAGCCAAACUCAUGACCAUAACGUUUUGGUUGAAGGAAAUGGAUACUCCAGACUCGCACUUCUUAACCGAUCCUCCGCUCUCAAUGCUAUUAACACCUCCAUGGCUGGUAGACUGCAUAAACUCUAUACAAGUUGGGAAGAUAACCCUGAUAUUGGUUUUCUAAUGCUCAAGGGCAGUGGCCGGGCAUUUGCCGCUGGCGGAGAUAUUGUCACGCUUUACCAUUUUCUAAAACAAGGGAACAUGGAAGCCUGCAAAGAAUUUUUUAGAACAAUAUAUAGUUUUAUAUACCUGCUAGGUACAUAUUUGAAGCCACAUGUAGCUCUUCUGAAUGGCAUUACCAUGGGUGGUGGGGCAGGAAUUUCAAUCCCUGGAACAUUCCGAGUUGCAACAGACAAGACUGUUUUUGCUACCCCUGAAGUUCUUAUUGGUUUCCAUCCCGAUGCUGCAGCAUCUUUUUACCUUUCACGUCUACCUGGUCACUUAGGAGAGUACUUGGCUCUUACAGGGGAAAAGCUCAACGGAGUAGAGAUGGUUGCCUGUGGCCUUGCUACACAUUAUUCACUACUUGCAAGGCUUCCAUUAAUUGAAGAGCAGCUGGGGAAAUUGGUUACUGAUGAUCCAUCUGUCAUUGAAACCACUUUAGAACAGUAUGGUGAUCUUGUAUAUCCAGACAGCAGUAGUGUACUACAAAGGCUGGAAAUUGUAGAUAAAUGCUUUUGCCAUGACACAGUUGAAGAGAUUGUUGAUGCAUUGGAAGUUGCGGCAAGUGAAACAAAAGAACCAUGGUGCAUUUCUACCCUAAAUAGACUUAAAGAAGCUUCUCCAUUGAGCUUGAAGGUUUCCUUAAGAUCUAUACGAGAAGGUAGAUUUCAGACCCUUGAUCAGUGCCUGUUGCGCGAGUACCGAAUGACUUUACAAGCAAUAUCUAAACAAAUAUCUGGUGACUUCUGUGAGGGAGUGAGGGCACGCAUGGUGGACAAGGACAUGGCAGCAAAGUGGGAUCCUCCAACCUUGGAAAAGGUGUCACAAGAUAUGGUGGAUCAGUACUUCUUACCUCUAAGUGAAUUUGAACCUGAUCUGGAGCUUCCAACAAAAUCCCGGGAAGCAUUUUUUUAG